AUGGAGAGCCAAUAUUUAGCUAAAGUAGUUCAGGCCGUGGGUGCCAUUUCUGGCCCUUUCUCCUUUGUAUUCUAUGAUGGAUAUCGCCAAAGGGUCUUUUACGGAAGAGAUCGUUUGGGAAGACGGGCACUUCUGAGUGGAUGGGAUAUUACCGGAAGUUUCAAGAUUUCCAGUGUUUGCGACGGGACGUCGUCCAAACAUUUCGAGGAAGUAGAAACUGAUGGCAUUCAUAUGAUCGACCUUGCCAGCCUUUUCCAAAACACUGAUUGCAAUACAGCCCCAUCGGAUGUAUUGCGUUCAAUAUUAACUGUGAAGAGAUUGAAUUGGAGAAACGAAAUACCUUCUAAUACCGAAGGGGACUUUAUUGCAACUUAUUUACCACCCAUUAACAAAUCUGUUUUUAUCAGAGAGAUUCCUCCACUGCUUCAAACAAACUCGCCGUCUAUAGAGACACUGGAGCUCAAGCUUCGUGAAUCACUCAAGCUUCGGCUCGCAAAUAUUCCAGAGCCUCCCCAUUACUCAUCACAUUACAGGUCAAAAGUAGCGGUUCUUUUCUCAGGAGGUCUUGAUUGUACCAUACUCGCAAGACUAGCACAUGAUAUCCUUCCCAUAGAUGAGCCGAUCGAUCUGCUUAAUGUAGCAUUUGAAAAUCCUAGGGUUAUUGCAGCCGCUGCCGCGUCAACCUCCAAAUCAACAAUGACACCACUGUGCACAUUUGAAACCUGCCCGGACCGAAUAACGGGGCGAUUGUCCCACACUGAGCUACAAAAUAUAUGCCCCGGCAGGCCCUGGCGGUUUGUUGCCAUCAACAUUCCGUACACGGAAACAUUAAACCAUCGAGAGAAGGUCAAGCGCUUAAUGCGACCCCAUAACACCGAAAUGGAUCUAUCGAUAGCCUGCGCCCUGUACUUUGCUUCGCGUGGGAGAGGGGAAAUCACAAGCGAUAUGGACCAGCAUGCGACAAUACCAUAUACAACAACAGCACGGGUUCUGCUCUCCGGGCUUGGUGCCGACGAAAUUUUCGCAGGUUAUACAAGGCAUGCAACUGCGUUCAAGCGGCAUGGCCUCCAGGGGCUUGUGGAUGAAAUUGCUUUGGAUGUUGGUCGUCUUGGCAAACGAAACCUGGGCCGAGAUGACCGUGUUAUAUGCCAUUGGGGUCGCGAGGCAAGAUACCCCUAUCUAGACGAGGACUUCCUAGCGUGGGCGCUUGCCUGCCCCAUUUGGGAAAAAUGUGGAUUUGGAGCAUUGCCCCCAGGCUCAGAUAGCACGCCUGACAUUAUGAAGGAACCCGGAGCCACGGAGGAAUCCCUGGAGCCUGGGAAAAGAUCUCUCCGACUCCUCGCGUGGAAGCUCGGAAUGGAAAAUGUUGCUCGUGAAAAGAAAAGGGCGAUUCAAUUUGGGUCUCGAACUGCCAAGAUGGAAAGCGGUCGAAGCAAGGGAACACAGAUAUUAGAGUGA